AUGUCUCAAUCACGCAUUGAUCACAUCAUCAGCGCGAAACGCGAAUCGAACACUAGUAUGAGAGAUGAUAACAGCAAUGGCGACAAAAACAGCAACGGCGACGUUGAUUAUCAAACUCCUAACGGCCGUCGAGAUCUCCGUUCUCGCUACCUCGCCGUCAAGAAGAUGAUUCACGGUGAUGAACAAGAGAAUAUUGCAAAGACUGACUCUGAAGUAUUUGGCUCGAUCUUCAAUGAAAUUGAGGACUUACACAAGUCAGUCACAAAAACAAGAGAACAAGUAGCUGAUGCACAGGCUCUUUUGGACAUAACCAAAUCCUUGGUAGUGUCUGCAAAAGGUCAUUCUAGUAAUGGACUCACUCCUUCAGCCUUUGUCACCCACGUUAUUGAAAAAUUUGGAAAACGAGGUGGAACAAGUACUAGCAGAGAAGAUUGCAACUCAAUAGCUUGGAAGGACAUUGGAGUUGCAGUUUCGAGUGUUUUCGGAAGAGGAUAUGGGUGUUCUACAAUGAUUGGCCCAAUGGAUACUAAAAUAAAACAGAAGACGGUUUGUAGAAAAAAGCGUUUGAAGCCCACUGAAUUGGCACGGCCGGAACAGCUUGUUGAAGGUUCAAGAGAAGAGAGAAAUGAUACUGAUAAAACCAUGUUAACUAUGUUUAACAUCUUAAGGACGAAUAGAUCUGUCAAGCUUGAAAAUUUGGUUUUAAAUAGGAACUCGUUUGCACAAACGGUAGAGAACUUAUUUGCUCUAUCUUUUUUAGUCAAGGAUGGGCGAGCUGAAAUCAAAGUGGACAAAGCUGGACAUCAUCUAGUUUCGCCAAGGAAUGCUCCUGCCGCAAAAUCAGUUAUUUCUAAGGAUGUUGCUUUGAGCCACUUUGUGUUCAGACUUGACUAUAUUGAUUGGAAGUUGAUGGUUCGCACUGUUGCUGGGGAGGAGUUGAUGCCUCAUAGGAAUAUUCAACAACAAACUUAG